AUGGGCUUUGACGGAAUUAAUACUCCACCGGAGGUAAUGUCGAAAGCCAAACAUGAGCUUAAGACUCUCCUUGGAGAGAAGAAACUAGUGCAAGAAUCAGACAUCGCCAAACUCCCAUACUUACAAGCAAUGACCAAAGAAAGCCUCAGAAUUCAUCCUCCCGGUCCUCUCUUAGUUCCUCACAAAUCAGAAGCUGAGGUGGAAAUAAGUGGCAACACAAUCCCCAAAGGUACACAGAUAUUCAUCAACAUGUGGGCUAAUGAAAGAGACUCGACCCUGUGGUCGAACCCUGACGCUUUUCAGCCCAAACGAUUCUUGGACACAAUAGAGUACAAAGGCCAAGAUUACCUGCUGGUUCCUUUUGGUUCAGGAAGAAGAAUCUGUCCCGGCAUGCCACUGGCAAAUCGGAUGCUACAUGUAACGAUGGCAACUUUAAUCGAUAACUUUGCUUGGGAACUUGAACCAGGGAAGAAACUGGAACCGUUGUAUUGUGCAGAAUUGUUGGGUAUGGCUUUAAGUGUGAAGGAAGCAAAAAGACAGCCAUUGUAG